AUGGAUUACUCGACAUCUGUCGACGCAGAAUGCUGCCACAGGAUGAGACACUUAGCCACGGAAUUGUCACGAACUCAACAAGCACUUAGAAGCGCAUUACGUCUGCGACGAAAUUUAAUGCUUACCACACAAAUGUCCAUACCAGAAUACACUGACGACAAAAGCAUAAUGCAAAGGGGCUAUGUAGAGGGGUCGAAAGCUUCAAAAGGCAGCGACACUAAAGAAUGGGGCGGGCGUGUAGCUCUCUGGGGAGUCGUGCCGCUGUGGCGCGCUUCGCCUCCACCAGACACCAUACUGACAUUACGGACGCCAACGCCAUCCGAUUGCUGGCCUUUUAGCGGAUCAUACGGAGAAGUUAUUAUCGAGUUAGCACAUAAAGCAAAGCUAAACUAUAUCAGUGUAGAGCACGUGCGUCCCGAUACUGCUCGCAGCGCGCCUAAGAACUUUGUCGUUUACGGCAUAUUUGAGAAUAAUACACGGUUGGAAACUGCGCGUGGUACUUACACAUACAACAAGCCAGCUAAACAAUACUUCCCACUAAGCGACAGAAACUUGCCCGUUAAAAGUGUGGCAUUCAAAGUGCUGUCCAAUCAGGGAAACCCGAAGUACACUUGCGUGUACCGAGUUCAUUUAUACGGGAGCGAUGUUAAUAAGCAGAAACUUUUAUUGUAA